AAGUAUUACAUAUAUAUUUAAAAUAAUCAUCAUUUUGUAUACAACAUAAAAUAAACUUUUUAUAUCCAUAUACUACAUAUCAAAUUUGACUGUAGUAUCUAUACAUUUAAAAUUCAAAGUUCGAAAUUUGAAAUUAAAAUUUGAAAUGCCUAAAACGACGUCCAUUGAUAUAAAAAAUAUUAUCAUUGCUGUAACAGUACUAAUGUGUAUUACAUCAAUCGCUUAUGGAGUUUACGAGUACUGGAAGAAAUAUUUAUUACCACAGUCUAAUAUAGUACAGGCUAAAACAGUUAAAAUACUUGAACUAGAACUGAAUAAACAAACAAGCCUCACACUUAGAGACGAGGACGCUAAAAAAGUUGCAAAAUAUAAAGACGAUCAUAAUGAGGAUUUUCUCGAUCAAGCAGAAUUAAAUUGGGGUGAUGAUUCUGAUAAAUUUGUACAAUUAUGUAAGUUUGCGACACGAAUGCUUAAAUUUUAUGAUGCAACUAAACCUGAAUCAAAGAAAUAUUUGGAAAUCGCUAAUUUUAUAAUACUGAAAAUAAACGAACGUGUUUUCAAAAAAGAUUAUACUGUUAUCACAAAGGACACUACAUAUGAAACACUAAUUCAUUUAACAAGAUUACUUAAUACGUUUGAAUAUUUAGCUGAUGAUACAUAUCGAGACACCAAAGAUAUUUGUCAUAAACAAAUACUCUAUUUGAUGCCAGAAUAUAAUAGAGUGUAUCAAGAAACAUCACCAGCAACUGCCUAUGUAAAAAAUGAGCAAAUUAUUUAUACAAUUAUACCGAGAUUAUUAACAAAUCUAAAGUUCAAUAAAUCAUUAUACAAUUACGAUGUAAUCAAAGAAAAAGUGUUAGAGAAAUUAAAACAACAAGUCGAUUUCAUCAAAUUGCCAGAAAACGCUGGUAAAUUGCUUUUAAGGGACUAUCAUUUGGGAAUAUAUGAAGGAUUGGAAUGUUAAAAUUAUAAUGAUCGUAAUCAAAAAAUUAAUCUAACAAUUAGUUCCGUAAAUUUGAAAAGUUAUUGUAAAAAA